AUGCCCCCCUUGACGAUGACGCGCUGGACGAGAUUGCCAACUGAGAUUCGUUCCAUCAUCCUCGAAAUGGUAGCAGAGAAUUACAGGUUCAAAUCCGAACAGUACGCCCGCGCGGGCUAUGCCAGCGUCUGCCGGGAGUGGCAACCGGUCUUCGAACAGAGGAACUUUCAGCGACUUGUUCUCGAUCAAGAGCGCAUAUCUGACCUUGAACAAGUUAUGAGUACCAAUCAAAGACGAUAUUAUCUCAGACACCUAUUCCUUCGUGUCAGGCUUAACAAUUACGACUGCACAGUCUGUAAAUCAAAGGAGGAUAACCGAACAAUCAGGAACAAUAACGCUAUAUUUAGCACAGCCAUCUGGAAUUUAUUAGUUAUCCUUUCGAAGUGGACCGGAUUCGCCGGGAGUCGUCGCCAACAAGGGCUGACUUUAGAAAUUGGCGCCUAUUCCCCGGGCGACUCUAAGCACACAUUUAGGGACUUUCAUCUCGAGCCCGACUAUCCGUACCAAGAAUUAAAGGACUUGGAGACACAUUGGGAAGCGUACAAGCUACGAGCCGACAAACUUGGACUUGACAGCUUGAAUGACCCACAUCAUGGGUGGGUUAACGGCAGUCGGGACGAUGUAAGCUUGGAAUCAAAACAGAGAAUAAUGGGAACAUUGACUAUCAAAGCUAAACUUCCGGAAUUCUCCGCGUUCUCCCAGACGUUCCCAAAGGUCGAGAUUGUAACGGGCCUGCUUAUCCGUCGACAGUUCUAUCGGAAAAUUGCAGCCAAAUCCCUCCGCAAGCUCCUCCGGGAGACGUUCACAUGCCUUCGGUGGUUUCGUCACGAAGCAUGGCAUGAUGUUGAUCCACAGCAGCAGUCAUGUUUUGAAAAGAUCUACAAGAGUAUUAUUUUACGGAACCUACCAAGUACUCUCCGGGAACUAUAUAUAUUCGAGCACUUCAACAAAAUUCUCCACCCAGAACGAUCCACCAGGCGUGCAAACCGGCCUUUGGGCAAAGCCCUCUCAAAGUCUAGCCGUUUGCUCGAGAAUUUGUCUGCGGCCUUCCUUGUGGAUGCUGAAGAUUUCUUCGCAAAUCUCUGGCCGACCAACGAACAAAAUUUGAACGUAAUUCCCUGGGAGAACCUUCGAAAGCUGGCUCUAACAUCACGUUUGCUGCAUCCAUUGAUAGGGCGUGGAAAGAUUAACAAGAUGCUCAUAAAUGCAGGCCGGGCGGCUGCUUUCAUGCCUAAACUUGAGGUUAUGGAGAUAUGGAAUGGUGGCGAAGGUUAUGCUUGUCUCUUCCGAUACAGCAAUGAUGAUGGAGAACCUAAAAUUACUUGGGAAUGCAACUGGGGCAGUCACGUUACGUUGGAUUAUACCGUAGUCCACUGUUGGGCAAAUUUGCCCAGGCAUGGGCAACAUCCGCAUGGCAAUCUUACAACUGUGGUCAAUCGGCUACCAAGGCGACGUAAGCAGGUGAAGACGUAUGCCGCUACAAUUCGUCAUCUGAAACUGCGAAGAAGCGUCUUGCAUCUCAUUUCUGAUUAUCAGCUAUCCUGGGAGGAAUAUGGUAACUCAUAA